AUGGCUCAAGGAGCAAAGGAUCCAUCCUCGGCCGCGUCCACGGAUUCCGAGAGUCCACAAACCUCUCCAGGUGCAGUGUUCGGAAACAUCUUCGUCUUCAUCAAGGCUAGGUACGAAACAAGUGCCAACACUCUCAAGGAUGCCGUAACCCUUCUCGCCUGCCGUCCCGAUAUCCAAAAGGCGUUGCGAGCCGAUCUCGGCAAGACAAAAUCCUCGGUGACCAUUCUUGAUGGAUACGUGGAGGCCACCGUGGACGAGACUCUGCGCCUCUACACCCUUCUACCAAUUUUCCCCAAAACCACAAGAGAGAUACCACACUCUUUCUCCAUCAGCAGCAGCGGUUACACCAUUCCUGCCGACACCCUGAUCCUGAUGAACACCAGUGCAACACACCGGAAUCCGAAAUACUGGCCCGCUGCUGUGCCCACUGCUGGCGACGGGCCGCCAUAUCGCGUGCCAUCCUUCGAUCGCUCCCAUUGA